AUGGCGCUAUCCCCUCUAACGCCCGCACAACUCAACAACGCAGCUGCAAAAUGCCUCGCCCUCCAAGCAUCUGGCCAGGACACUCACGGCAAAAGACCAUUCGCAGCACUCCUCCUAGCACCCGACAAUGAAACCCAAUUAAUGUCCUCGCUAUCUCUAUCUCACGUCCGCCACGCCGAGUGCGAACUAGCACGCAAUGCGGCUGACAAUUACUCCUGGGACUAUCUCGCAGGAUGUACCAUGGUCUCGACCUGGGAGCCCUGUGCCAUGUGUGCGGGCACUCUGUAUUGGGCGCAUAUCGGGCGAUUGGUAUACCUGGCGUCUGAGAAGACGUUACAGAAGUUGACUGGCGAGGGAAAUACGGAGAAUUUGACACUUGAUUUACCCUGUCAUCGGGUGUUCGAGGCGGGGCAAACUAGGGUCGAGGUUGUUGGUCCGCUGGUGGAGGAGGGGUGGGAGGCGAAGGUGGUUGACGAUGCUCAGCGAUAUUGGUCAGCGCAUAGGAAGGUAUGA